AUGGCAACGGAACAAUUUGGCACUCAGUUGGACUUUACAGAUUAUGAUGAUGGACAAGAGAGGACGGAAGAAAAUUCACCCAUGAACAAAGGAGAGAAAAUGAGUGAAGACAAUCACCAGGACAAAAAUAUUGAUGAUUCCGAGUGUAAUGGUUGUCAUGAUAAAAUAACAUUAGACUUGGGCGGUGGGGAUCUAGAACAUCAUACAGAAGAUCCACCGGAAGAAGUGACAGAACGAUCAGCAACCGUGGAGGAAAGUGAUGCGUUACUAACAGGUGAUGGAGAUGAGGACACUAAAGACACCCAAGGAAAAGCCAAUGAUGAAGGCAAUUCUGACAAAGACGAAGAGGAAAAAGAAGAUGAACAGAUUGAAGAGGACGAAGAACCGGAAACGGAAAUGACAGAGGAAGAAAAGGAGGCUAUGUACACCGCUGUCUGUAACGGAGAUACCGCAGUCUACCAGAACUGUCUGGAUAAACCUAAUGCUGAUAUCAAUAUGACUUGGUUUAACGAGAACAUGCUGAUGGUUGCCAUGAGAACAGGUCAGAUGUUGAUGGCGGAAUUCCUUAUCGACAUCGGCAUUGAUGUCAACUAUGAAAUUGAUUUAAUCGAUAUGCACGAGAAGGAGAAGACAGGUAAUAAGAGGUUCGAUUGUUUCCGUAAAUCGUGCCGACAGAUCGCGUACGAGAAAGGCCACGAAUUCAUUGUUGAACUGAUUGACCUUAAAAAUGAGAACUGGUUUCCCUACCGAAAGAUCACUCCUCGCUGGAGGAAGUUUUCGAGACGCCCCCUACCGCCACCCCUUCCACGGGUACCGGGAGAGGAGGAAGAGGUUGAGGAGGAAGAUGAAGAGAAUGCAGACGAGGGUGAUAAUAGUGGAGAGGAAAGUGGAGAUGAAAGCAAACGGAAAGAAACUAAAAAGGACGACGAUGCUGACUCGGGGCACCAUAGUGGGAAGUUCGAUGAGAUCAAAGACGUCGAUGAUAAUUCAUCGUUUCUCUCAGGUGAUAUUCUGAAGAAACACGAGUUCGAACUCAAUGAUGAGGGCUAUUGGUCGUUAACACAGCGUAGUUCUCCAUACAUGUGCGCUCCAGAGAAACCCGAAAGGCCGGGUAUUCUAAGACGGGGAACAAAAGCUUCUUUUUCGAUACUUAAACAUACAAACCAGAUACUAGAUCACAGAAAAUGUUCAAAUAGUGCCAAAGAAAGAAACGUUACUGUUGUACAAGCAGUGGGUAGUUAUGCACGAGAGAGUAAACUAUGGAGACGCAAAAGCGUUGACCAAGGUUCGGUAGAAAGUAUCCCAUUCCUCGCAAGAAUGCAUUCUGCGAAAACCACGUGCAGUGAACCUGCUAGACCAACAACUCAAGGACACUUUAGUUCAUCGCGACGACAAAGGCCUCUGACAACUCCGUCUGCGUUCUCACAGGUCUCUAAAAUUUUGGGUGAGUCGCAUCUCCUCCGGCCCCAGAAAGAGCCACCAUUACCGUUCAUCAACACUACUCAACAACGACCGCCAUUAAAACGCACGACAAAGGUGAAUCCAUGGUGUCAUGGUAACUCCACUGGAAUAAUGCAUAAACUCUCAAACGUAAAGAUACAAAAUAAGGUUGUCGACCCGAACUUUCACGUGGAACGUCAGCUCUACCAACGAACCAGACGUUCCUACUCCGGUAUUUCAUGA